GUCCAUCAAGUGCUAUGCUCUCUUUCACUCAUACUCAAAACUAAACCUGAUAAUUUGAGUCCUCCGAACUCACAAUGCGUCUAAAUCUGAAAGCAAUUCUGCUUUCCGCGUCGUUGUUCUUGCCAUCUCUUGUAUCUGCACAGCUAGCUUCUGGCUAUCCAAUUGGCCCCCUCACUACUUCAGAUGCGAAAUGGGCAAAGAAAGUCUGUGAUGUGACUAAGUAUGGCGCAGUGGCCGAUGGAAAGACAGAUCUGGGACCACCUCUUCUUGCCGCGUUCAAUGCUUGCUCAAGUGGUGGCGUCGUGAAUAUCCCUUCUGGAAACUAUGCGAUGUCUACAUGGGUUACACUAUCUGGUGGUAAAGCAUGGGCCAUAAACCUCGAGGGUGUCAUUUUUAGAACUGGUACUGCAGGCGGGCAUAUGAUUGUUGUCGAAGAUUCUACCGACUUCGAACUCUACAGCAGUAGAUCAAGCGGUGCUAUCCAAGGUUAUGGAUAUGUAUUCCAUGCACAGGGAAUUUAUGGGCCUCGUCUCAUUCGACUAAUCAACGUCGUCAACUUUUCCAUCCAUGACAUCGCACUUGUCGACUCUCCUGCAUUCCAUCUCAUUCUCGACACCGUGCAAAACGGUCAAGUAUAUAACCUGAUCAUCCGUGGUGGAAACGAAGGUGGACUAGAUGGAAUCGAUGUUUGGGGCUUCAACGUUCAUAUCCACGAUGUAGAAGUUACCAACAAAGACGAAUGUGUCACUGUCAAGAAUCCAUCUAACCAUAUGCUGAUCGAGAAUAUCCAUUGUAAUGUAAGCGGUGGAUGUGCAAUUGGUAGUUUGGGAGCAGACACUGCCAUUUCGAAAAUCACUUACAAUAACAUCUACUCCUGGCAAUCCAAUCAGAUGUUCAUGAUCAAGAGUAACGGUGGAUCAGGGUCGGUAUCCGAUAGUGUAUUCUCAAAUUUCAUUGGCCACAGUAAUGCAUAUUCUCUCGAUAUCGACGCAUAUUGGAAAUCAACACCAGCAACUGGCAACGGUGUUUUAUAUACUGGUCUCACUUUUUCAAACUGGAAAGGAACUUGUGCAGAUGGUACCUUGAGAGCACCUAUCCAACUCAUUUGUCCAACAGGCCAACCUUGUGCGGGUUUGAGCAUUACAAACUUUGCAAUGUGGACAGACACCGGUAGUUACGAGUUGUACAAAUGUCAAAAUGCUUGGGGUGAUGGAGGAUGUUUGGUUCACGGUAGUGCGCAUACAGCUUACUCGAUUGUGACACAGACGGUAUCAUCAGCACCUGCUGGGUACUCUGCAGCAAAAAUGCCGAAUGAUUUGGCUGCUGGAUAUGCGCUCACGGCUAGCAUUCCUAUCCCCACGAUCCCAACUACAUUCUUCCCCGGACAAGUUCCAGCAACGAAGAGAGCCUAUCCAUAGUCGCCAUAUGGGGGAUAGAUAUGCAUGCGAAAACAUAAGAAGUGUAAAUAGUUGCAGGAAGGCGAAGAAAUUUGUAAAUUUUACUUUUCUUCA